AUGGAUAAUAAUGAGAACUACUUUAUGGAACGCCCUUUGUUAAGAGGAGCUAUAAUUCGUUUCCAAAAGGGUGGUUGGCUACUUAUGUCAGCGGGUGCUCGCAAAUUAUUCUUUUACAACCCCUUCACAAAAGAUACCAUUGAACUUCCAGACUUCCCGGAUUACUAUGGAUUGUCCAACAUAUUAUUCACUUCAUUACCGACUUGUUCUGACUGUGUAGUUUUCGGAGUUGGAGAAAGCGAUAAAAUAGGAGGUGGUGUCCAAGUGUAUUGGAUCGCAAGGGGAGAAAAGUAUUGGAGGUAUCAAGAAUUCUGUAAUAUUGAUACAUAUGAGUACUACAUGCCAUUACUAAACACUCCAGUUUUAUACAAGGGGAUUUUGUACUGUGUAGAUUAUAAUGGACUUCUUGGAACUUUUAGUUUAGAGAGCCGUAGUUAUAAAGUUCUUCAUAAGCCUUAUGGAACAUUUGGUCGUGCAUAUCCUAGUUUUUUGGUUGAGUGUGGUGGAGAUCUUUUAUUGCUUAAAGUAGAGAUUUUCUCAUUUCCUUAUUCUGUUUACAUUGUGAGCGAGUCUUACAUAGCUGAAGUUGUUUUCUUGGUGUAG